AUGCCGCUGCCGUUUCGCCAGUUCUUCGUGAAAGGAAGUAUUCUCCCUUUCCAGGCGCCGACAUGGCAACCAAAAUCGAAACCGGGCAUGACAUAUCUGCUGCUGGCCUGCGUGCUACUCACAGCUGCUAUGCAAGGUUACGACGGGGCGAUGAUGGGUGGCAUGAAUAUCCUGCCGCAGUACACCGACUAUUUCAAGCUGACCACCGCCACUCGCUCGUUGAAUAUAGCCACUAAUUAUAUCGGAGGGUGCUUAUCCUGUGUUUGCUGGGGAUGGGUGACAGAUACCUACAGCCGACGGUUCGGACUAUUUUGGUCCGCCAUGAUUACAGUCAUCGCAGCCAUAUUACAAGCGUCAUCACAGCACAUCGCCAUGUUUUGCACCGCCCGAGUCAUUAUCGGCUUCGGGACCACCGCCUCCGUGAUAUCCGGUUCCGCAUACCUCGCCGAGACACUCCCAUGGGACCAGCGCGCGUGGGGCCUCGCGCUCUUCGACGACUGCUUCUACAUCGGCGCUCUGACUGCCGCGGGCGUGGCGUACGGAUCGUUCAAGAUCAGCAGCAGCUGGGCGUGGAGGCUGCCGAGUCUGGUGCAAGGGGCGUGGGGGCUGCUCUGCAUAUCAUUGCUGCCGUGGCUGCCGGAGAGCCCGCGCUGGCUGGUCGAUCAGGGACGCGCAUACGACGCGAUACUGGUUCUCGCGCAGGUGAAUGCUGGGGGAGACACGACGGAUGAGCUGGUCCGGCUGCAGUUCCGACAGAUUUGCGAGACGAUCGGGUACGAACGGGAUCCCAUGACCUGCAAGGAAGCAGUCCGCAACCGCGGGGCGAGGAAGAGACUCAUUAUUACAGCGUCAUGCGCGCUGAUAUCCAUGCUGACUGGCAACAUCGUUUUCAUGUACAAUGUGGGGAAGAUGCUGAGCCACGCGGGCGUCAAUGACGAAGGGACCCAGCUUCUCGUGAAUGUUGGGUUGAACGGCGCAUCUCUGGUUGUAUCAAUUUGCGGAAGCUACUACACGGACAAAAAGGGGGCAAAGUCAGCCGCAAUGAUCAGCACGGCGGGAGUGACCGUUGCCCUCAUCUUGCUAGGCGUCCUGACCAAGUUUUACGGCGACACCACGUAUACCCCCGGAAUCUGGGCGACGGUUUUUGCGGUAUUUCUGUUCUCGAUAUCGUAUGCCUUCGGAUGGAUCCCCAUUCUCUUUCUGAUGCCGGCUCAAAUGCUAUAUUUCCGUAUCAGGGCCAAGGGCAUGAGCAUGUUCAGCUUCAUUAUCUGCGUUGUUGGCAUUGCCGGCAAUUUCGCCUAUCCUAUCGCCAUCGACGCCGUAGGUUACUGGGUGUAUAUCAUGAACGGUGGAUGGAAUGUGCUCUUCUUCGCCUUCAUCUGGUGGUACUGGGUGGAGGUCUUGGGAAAGACCCUUGAAGAGAUUGAUGCGCUGUUUGACGGAAGAAAGCACACUGAUACGCCAAACGUGGAGGCCGUUGUGGCUGGUCGAGAAGACGAGAGAUGGAAGACGAGUCUGAGUGAGUGGAUGAAAGAGAGGCUUCCCUCAGGGUCGCCGGUCUCAUGUAGAUAG